AUGGAGACCGAAAUGGCCGCCGCCGCCGCCACGUGUGCUCGAGACACAAAGAAACCUGACCUUGAGACCAGGCUGGACGAGCUGUUCGCCAGGUUCUGGAGGACAAUAGCCUCCAGGGAGCAACAGGCCAAGGCAUACCAUCCUGUCACAAUCCUGCCGGUGAUCCCCCAACAAACGUGCACACCGCCUCACGCCAACAAAGCACUUGGACGGCAACACCGAAAAGCUUGUAAGCCCAAGCGACUACCACUACCUAUGACGGCGACCCGCCCAUACAAGGGCCCGGCAAAACUAAACCUACCUAAGAGGCAUGAAAAGGCGGCCCUGCUGCAGCGACACACUGCGUUAAACAGGGACCGGACCGGCCCCAGGCAGACCACACCGCAACCCCUCUACCGACAACACUCAGAGGCAGACCCUCGCCCUGGCAUACCUCGGAGGCGACAACACAGCCUGCGACACAACACCUCACGCAGGUUCUCACACGGCGGGUCCACCUCACCGGCCCGUACCAACGCAGAGACCCCCUGCAUCGAACAAGGAGGCUGGAUACACCAUAACACCGAUAAGAUCUCUGCGACCAGACUGCAUGCCCUGAGAUCUUCAUGUAAAGCCAGCGCCACUGCCGCCGACUAA